UUGAAAUACCAUCUCUGAAUCUUAUCACGAUUGAAAAUGUAUGAUUUAUUAACUUUCAUUCAUUGUCUUCAGCAUUGUUAUUAUCAAUGAGAUUCCCCAAUGUUAGUGGUAGAAAUUGUUUGAAUUCUUUGCUGCUCCAAAUUGCUACUCUUUUUGCACGCUGUGCGGUGAAUUAUAGUAUUCCAGGUGAAAUAGCAACAUAAGCUUUCUUGCAUGGACUGAUCUUCCUCAUUCCCAUCUAGCAGAAUAGGAAUGAAUUUGUGAGUAAAGGUGUGCAGAUUGGUAAUCUUGAGGGUUUUAUUCUGUUUGAGGGGAAUGUAAGGCUAACUUCAGUUGCUAGACUACUUAAUCUAUCUGCUAUUUCAUACCAAGCAGUAGACUAUGUGUCAGACCUCAGGAUUGCUUUUGUUUUGUAGCUGGACUGUAUUAAAGGCAGGUAGUACCUUUUCAAGCGUGAUCUUCAAACGUGAUAUUUAAAACCUAAGGCCCUGGUAGAAAUAUACUCUGCUUAUCCCAGCCUGUUCUCAACAAACAAAACAUUGCUUUUUAGCUCUCUGUCUAAACGUUAAAGUCUAGAACUUAGUGCUUAUUUUUUCCUGUGAAAUGGGCACUGAAUUGGGCAUCAACUGAUAGAGUGAACAGCUGCAACCUGGACAGUAUCACCUUGCAAUUGUUUUUAGCCCUAGCUUUGACAUCUUAUGCAUACGUGUUUUUAAAAGUUGCAGGUUCAAAAAGUAUUUAACCUCUAGAAAUGAGCUGUGUGCUGUAGAUGAUGAAGCCUUCAGCUUAAGAUUUGUGCAGGAGACAUUCACGCGGCUGCAGGACCCUGCGGGAGCUCAACAGCCACAAGAGGGCAUCGUGACACAAUUUAGGCUCUGUUUGUUUAGGGAAGCAGCUCUGAAGUCCUAUGUUUGCCUUUAAAAUAGGUGUCUCAUAGUUUGUGCACUAGCUAUGGAGAGCAAAACUGAGUACUUUGAUGUUAUUUUCCUAGAAAACAAACAAACAAACAAAAAAACAGUAUUGCCAUCAGUCAUGUUAAACCUAUGUUCUAUUUCUAGUUUCUAGUAAAAAACAAGUUCAAAUUCCUUACCAUUGACAGGGUUGUCAAGUGUUAGCUUUAUGUCCUUUUUAGGCAAUGUACUGAGAUACUUUAUAUAACUUGGUAUAUGUCAUUGCUUCCCAAAUGAUUGCAUCAGUGACUUUAAAUUAGGUGGAAUUUGAACUUAGCAUCUUUAAAAUGCACGCAUCAGCUCGAUCCCUUGGCAAAGCAUUCUACUCAGUGGUGGAUGUGUUGAAGAGCUCCUCUUCAAGCUGUUCAGGGAGCCUUGUCAGUUAAAUGAUAAGAUUCAGGCCUCCAUUCUUUUGAAGUGAUCAGAAUUACUAAAUUCCUCUCCCCUCUUCUACUUUACUGCUGGUAGUGGUAGAGACCUUUGUUUGUUGUGCAAGCAGUCCUGUAGUAUGAUGGACUUUUGUUACCUGAACCAGAGGACUGUAUGCUUGGAUUUCUUUAACCAGUCUUAUUUUUGUGCCCAUAAACUUUCAGAUUUCAGGACUUCAGCCAGCAGAAUGGGCCCUGCUACAGUUCUGCCAGGCUUCUAGAUGCACUAUUGUGCAUGGAAUAAACAGCAUUUGGGAGACAUCAGAUUUACUACAUAUGUGAGAGCCACAAGCACAAAGCAAAUGCAGUGAAUGCCAUGUUUCUCAGACAUGUCACACUUACUAUACAGUGUGCACCUGCAUAUCUAUCCAGGACAUGCCUGACAAGAAAUAUGGUGACAUUAUGUAGCAUGUCUUGAAAUUAACUCUAAAACGCUUUCAGUGCUUGUGUAUUUAGUGAAGAAUUGAAAUGUCAAAAUUGCCUAGAGAAGUGAUUUUUCUUUCUUUCCUCUCUCCAAGUAGCUGCCACAAUCAUCUGGUUUUGUUCACUAUGCGUUUCCAGUGUUCCCAGAACUCACUGCUCUUCCUCUAGCCCAUAAAUGGUAUUAAAGGUACUUUUGCCAGGAGUGGAGGGGUAGUCAUGGAGUCCCAGUUACAGAUGGCAGGUUGAAGGGAAGCAGCUGAGGUGACAGCACCACUUGAAUGUGAGUGUAAUCUGAACAGCUGUUCAGUGAAUGUUCUUCCAUCUUAGAAGAAAAUCACUCUUUUUUUCUUGCUUAGUUUUUUUCCUGUUUAUUUUCAUGUGUUGAAUAGUCAAUUUCCUAACUGGUGUAAAGAUGUUCUAGAUAUGUCAAACUACUCAUUUCCUAAGAGAAAGGACUAUAUUUCAUAUUGCAGAAGCUGCAGGCAAGAUUUAAAUUCCUGCUGGGUGGGCAGCACACCUUUGAUAACCUUUGUGAGGCGUUUUGUAUGUAUGAAAAUGUUGAUCAUUUCAAAUGCUUGGGAAAAAGUAUGUAUGAAAACUGUCCAUCUUUAGAUAGCUUCAUAAAAAUAACUUAAAUAUCUUAGUGUAAAUACAAAACAGGGUCAAAUAGGAGACAUUUUGUAAAUCCAUAUUCAGUAGAUAUUCCAUUAUCUGUAUUGUUUUGUGCCUUUUUGUGUAAUGCAUGCCAUACCCUGUGCCAGCCAUAUACUAAGAGAUUAAGUGACUGGUUUGCCAGCUUGUAGCAGUUGCCAAGAUCAGGAAGGCAUAGUGGAUAUGUGAAAGGAAAACAGCAGAGCCAACACUCUGCUUCUCUGUGGUGUGACUUGAUAAUAUGUGACUGUCUCCUCUAAGUGCUGUUUUAACUGGAAUGUAAACAUGCCUCAGUUUUUAUAACAAUGAAAUAUAUUUGAAGAUUAGGCUUGGCUUUCAGUUCAGCUUGCUUUCUGCCAUUUUGUCUGGUGCACCUUUCUAUGCAGGGUGAUUUUGUUGUGAGACAGAAACAGCGAAGCAUGGAAUAUGCUGAUUGCUGUGGAUGAUAGUGAGAAGACAUUCCAGGGAGUUUUUCAGCAUUUCUUAGAAUUGGAAGUCCUGCAGAGCUGAAUAUUAGAGAAACUUAAAAUAAGUAUUGCAUGGGACAGUUGUGCUCCCAUUGUCUAUGGUUGUAUUAAUAAUUAGUAUCCAACAACUCCCAUGUGUCCAUCCUGAGACGAGGGAUGUAUGACUCUAUAAGCCUACAGCUAGAAAGAGAUUUGCAAGUUAAACAGAGCAGGAAAUCUUUCUUUGGAAUGAUGUUGCCUGGCUGCCAAGGCAAGUUAGGUUCCAACGAAAGUAUUUUCGCUGCUUGAACGAACUAAGGAUGUAUACCUUCAGUCUGUGUGGAGGAGACACCAGAGCUUUCAGAGUACUUUGUCUUGCUAAGCAGCGUAAUUUCUGUCAUCUGGCCGAACCAGCUGUUCUGUGUUCAAGAGCUGAUCUCUUGAACUAAUGCUUGAUGGAGGGCGCUUGCCUCAGAAUAGAUAGCGAUGAGUGUCAGUGACAUGCCUGGAGCUGGCUGUUCUUUUGCCCUCUCAAAAGGGUAAAGGGGAGGGGUGUGGUUCAAGGUCCUACAGUUAUUGUUGCUGCCUCGUGGUGCUGUAUGGUGAGGCUGGACUGGGGUUUGCUAGGCUUUGCUCCUCGAUUGGUCUGUUAAUGAGGGAGGUUAAAGUCAUCUUCGUUGCCUCUACUCCAGGAAAGCCGAGGUUUAUUUGGGAAUCCAGAUGAAGUUAUGUACACCUUCUCAAACAUUUUCCUCUUCCAGAUUUGAGAGAGGUGGGAGAACAGCAUUUUCUAAUCUUUUCUGAAGUAGCGUAAAGCAGCCACUUAAAGGGGUGACAGCUGAGUCUCUGUACAUUUUCAAUGCUUGUGUGACUUGUCACUGAGCCUUCUCCUGUUGGACACUGCUAUACAAGGACUGCUUAAAUGAGUUUUGAUUCUAGUCAUGCAAGCAGUUCAGGUGUAAGCCUUGAUCAAAAUGGGUUCUGUAGGGGGACAAAAAAACCCAAAUAAUUCACUAAAAAUGAGAAAAACACUUUAUUUCUUGUUUUGCUUUGUCAAAGACCAGAAAAGGAGAGGUGAAAGUUAAUCCGUGAUCUUACACGUGCUGUCGGCAAAUUGGUCUUUACUGUGAAAUGCUCUAUAGUGUCAAAUGUUUCCCUCUUAGAGAGGGCAGUAGACAAGUAGCUGCCCUGCUGGCUGUGGAGGUGGCAUUUCAGUUAAGGGUAAAAUUGGCUAUCGAGGUGACAGGAGCACCUCGCGUGGUUAUAAAUGUCAGAAAUCCCAGUGAGGCAAAUGUAGCCAGAAACCAACAAAUAGUUUAGGUGCACGUGUUGAAAUCCAUAUCUCAUGGUGAAUAUCUUAGUGUUUGGGGUUGUUAUUACUUUUUUUUUUUUUUUUUUUUUUUCCUGGAAGCUUUUCCACUUAAUUUUAUGUUUAUAGAAAAAAACAUUUUGAGCACAAACUGGGAAAUGCAAACCCAACGUAACAUAGCAUUGCCCAGUCUUUGUUGGAGGUGUCUGUGGCAGUUUCAGGGCAGUGCUCAUCAGACUCCUUGUUGGACAGGUGGAAGGAAAACUUUUCCCUACACAGAGAACCAGAAUCUUGAGUCCAUACUCCUGGACCAAGACUUUGUGAUGUAGACAGAGCACCCUUUUUGUGUGCAUCAGCUCAGUGAGCAACACGUUGCACAUCAGUGUGCUUCUGCAUGGUCUUCAGUGUGCCAAGUAAGGGACUGAGUAUUCUGAAACAGUUUUUCAUGUCGUGUAUAUACCAGCUUUGUUCUUCAUCUUAAUUAUCUUUUGACUUGGCUUAAACUUAGGAAGAUGCUCUACUUGCAUCUCCCUCAGGCCUCUCCAUUUUCCAAGUCGCUUCUAAAUAUUUAAAGAUUUCCAAGGUGCCCCGUGUUUGGCUCGUUCUUUUGAUAAACUUCGGCUAAAACGUUCGGAGCUCCAACCGCCGUCAGACCGGCACACAACCGUCAAGUGGAUGCAUUCCGCUUCCUCCGAUUUACAGCACGUUUCCCCGCCGUCCGCCCUCUCGGUGAAUUCGUAGCCCGCGGCGCUCGGGCGCUCCCGGGAGGGGCAGCUCGGGAGGCAUUUCAUCUCGAAGGGCUGGCUGCUCACACACACUUUUAUACCCGCUGGAGUGAUCAAGAAAUCAUGUCUGGUGGAAGAAGUGCGUUUCUGUGCCUUGGAACGAUCUUGGGCUUUUGGAGCUCCAUGAGUUGGAUGCCUGUUGGAGGAUGCCCUCAUAAAUGUACGUGCAUUGCUUCCAACGUGGAUUGUCAUGGACUAGGACUCAAAACUGUACCAAGGGAUAUUCCCAGGAAUGCUGAGAGACUUGAUCUAGAAAAAAAUAAUAUAACGAGAAUCACAAAGAUGGACUUCUCAGGACUGAAGAAUCUCCGUGUCUUACACUUGGAAGAAAAUCAGAUCAGUGUGAUAGAACGUGGAGCAUUUCAGGAUCUAAAGCAACUCGAACGACUGCGUCUGAACAAGAACAAAUUGCAAGUUCUUCCAGAGCUCCUUUUUCAGAACACGCAGAAGUUAACUAGAUUAGACCUCAGUGAAAACCAGAUAAAAGGAAUCCCUAGAAAGGCCUUUCGAGGAAUCAUUGAUGUGAAGAACUUGCAGCUGGACAACAACCAGAUCAGCUGCAUCGAGGAUGGAGCUUUCCGCGCCCUGCGCGACUUGGAGAUCCUUACUCUCAACAACAACAACAUCACCCGCAUUCCUGUUACCAGUUUCAACCAUAUGCCAAAGAUCAGGACUCUGCGGCUGCAUUCCAACUUCCUGCACUGCGACUGCCACCUGGCCUGGCUGUCCGACUGGCUGCGGCAGCGACGCACCAUCGGGCAGUUCACCUUCUGCCUGGCACCGGUCAGCCUGCGGGGCUUCCUUGUGGCCGAGGUGCAGAAAAAGGACUUCGUCUGCUCCGGUUCCCAAUCUGAACCACCAUCAUGCAGUGCCAGUUCCAUCACUUGCCCAUCUGCCUGCACCUGCAGCAACAAUGUAGUGGAUUGUCGAGGAAGGGGCUUAACAGAAAUUCCAGCUAACCUACCGGAGGACAUUUGGGAAAUCCGUUUGGAACAAAACCACAUCAAAAUCAUUCCCCCUGGAGCUUUUACCCAGUACAAGAAACUUAAGAGAAUAGACAUCAGCAAGAAUCAGAUAUCUGACAUUGCACCAGAUGCCUUCAAAGGCUUGAAAUCUCUCAUUUCAUUAGUGCUCUAUGGAAACAAGAUCACAGAGAUUCCCCAGGGCCUUUUUGAUGAUCUUGUGUCUCUGCAGCUGCUGCUUCUCAAUGCCAAUAAGAUCAACUGCCUGAGGGUAAACACGUUCCAAGGUCUGCAUAAUCUCAAACUGCUAUCUCUUUAUGACAACAAAUUGCAGACCAUCAGCAAGGGGCUUUUUGCACCUCUCCGAUCGAUUCAAACUCUACAUUUAGCUCAGAAUCCAUUUGUGUGCGACUGCCAUUUGAAGUGGCUGGCUGAUUACCUGCAGGAUAAUCCGAUAGAAACCAGCGGCGCUCGAUGCAGCAAUCCACGUCGCCUUGCCAACAAACGAAUCAGCCAGAUCAAGAGCAAGAAGUUCCGCUGCUCAGGGUCAGAGGAUUACAGAAGUAAAUUCACUGGGAAGUGUUUCAUGGAUCUUGUCUGUCCUGAGAAGUGUCGCUGUGAGGGAACAGUUGUGGACUGCUCCAACCAAAAGCUCACCCGGUUACCCAGCCACCUUCCUGAGUAUACCACUGAUCUGCGUCUGAAUGACAAUGAUAUUUCUGUUUUGGAAGCUAUUGGACUCUUCAAGAAAUUGCCCAACCUCAGAAAAAUAAAUCUGAGCAAUAAUAAGAUCAAGGAGAUUCGAGAAGGCACGUUUGAUGGAGCUUCAGGAGUGCAGGAGCUGAUUCUGACAGAGAAUCAACUGGAAUCAGUGCAUGGACGAAUGUUUAGAGGCCUCACGGGGCUGAAGACAUUAAUGCUGAGGAGCAACUCUAUCAGCUGCAUAAACAAUGACACCUUUGCUGGACUGAGCUCAGUGAGGCUUCUUUCUCUGUACGACAAUCACAUCAGCACCAUCACACCUGGAGCCUUCAGCACAUUAGUCUCUUUGUCUACAAUCAAUUUGCUGGCGAACUCCUUUAAUUGUAACUGUCAUUUGGCCUGGCUGGGAAAGUGGUUGAGGAAGAAGAGAAUUGUCAGUGGAAAUCCACGCUGCUUGAAGCCCUUUUUCUUGAAGGAUAUUCCAAUCCAAGAUGUAGAUACCCAGGAUUUCACCUGUGAGGGUAAUGAUGAAAGCAGCUGCUUGCUUUCUCCUCCUUGUCCUUCCCAGUGUACCUGCAUGGACUCGGUGGUACGUUGCAGCAACAAAGGGCUGCGAGUAAUGCCCAAAGGAAUUCCCAAAGAUGUGACUGAGCUAUACCUGGAAGGAAACCACCUGACUGCUGUGCCGAAGGGACUCUCUGCCUUCAGGCACCUGACACUGAUUGAUUUGAGCAACAACAGCAUAAGUGUAUUGGCCAAUUAUACCUUCAGCAACAUGACCCAGUUAUCAACACUCAUCUUGAGCUACAAUAGACUUCGGUGCAUUCCAGUCCACGCGUUCAAUGGGCUCAGGUCUCUUAGAGUGCUGACGCUCCAUGGGAAUGAUAUUUCCAGUGUUCCCGAAGGUUCCUUCAACGACCUGGUGUCCCUGUCCCAUCUGGCUCUAGGUACCAACCCUUUACACUGCGACUGCAACCUCCGCUGGCUUUCCGAGUGGGUGAAGGCAGGGUACAAAGAGCCAGGAAUAGCCCGCUGCAGCGGGCCAGAAGCCAUGGUGGACAGGCUGCUGCUCACAACACCAACUCACCACUUCCAGUGCAAAGAGCCGGUAGAUAUCAGCGUUGUGUCCAAGUGUAACCCCUGCCUCUCCAAUCCAUGUAAGAACAAUGGGACAUGCAGCAAUGAUCCAGUGGAGUUUUAUCAGUGCACCUGCCCUUUUGGCUUCAAGGGUCGGGACUGCAGUGUGCCCAUUAAUUCUUGCAUUCAAAAUCCAUGUCAGAAUGGAGGGACCUGCCAUCUCACCGAGGCAAAUAAAGAUGGAUUCAGCUGUUCUUGCCUCCUUGGCUAUGAGGGGGAGAGGUGUGAAAUAAACCCAGAUGACUGCGAAGAUAAUGACUGUGAGAAUAACUCUACGUGUGUGGAUGGGAUCAACAACUAUGUCUGUCUCUGUCCUCCUAAUUACACAGGUGAACUGUGUGAUGAGGUGAUUAACCACUGCAUUCCUGAGCUAAAUCCAUGCCAACAUGAGUCCAAAUGUGUUCCACUUGACAAAGGAUCCAGAUGCGAGUGCUUGCCUGGUUACAGUGGCAAACACUGUGAAAUAGAUGAUGAUGACUGUGUGGGCCAUAAGUGUCGCCAUGGAGCUGUCUGCGUAGAUGCAGUCAAUGGCUACACCUGCGUCUGUCCUCAGGGCUUCAGUGGACUUUUCUGUGAAACUCCUCCACCGAUGGUUCUGCUCCAGACCAGCCCAUGUGAUAACUAUGAGUGCCAGAACGGGGCGCAGUGCAUCGUCGCGCACCAGGAGCCCGUCUGCCGCUGUCUUGCUGGCUUCGCUGGGCAGAAGUGUGAGAAGCUCAUCACGGUGAACUUUGUUGGGAAGGAUUCCUAUGUGGAGUUGCCAUCAGCCAAAAUUCGCCCCCAGGCAAACAUUUCCCUCCAGGUAGCAACAGACAAGGACAAUGGCAUCUUGUUAUACAAAGGAGACAAUGAUCCUUUGGCUCUGGAGUUGUACCAAGGACAUGUGAGACUCAUCUAUGACACACUAAAUUCUCCACCUACCACAGUGUAUAGUGUGGAAACUGUAAAUGAUGGGCAAUUUCAUAGCGUGGAACUUGUGAUGCUGAAUCAAACUCUGAACCUGGUGGUGGACAAGGGGACUCCCAAGAGUCUUGGAAAACUCCAGAAACAGUCUUCUGUCAGCCUCAACACACCGCUCUACAUUGGAGGGAUCCCGACCUCUACUGGAUUAUCUUCACUGCGCCAGGGUGCAGAUAAGACACCAAAUGGCUUUCAUGGAUGUAUUCACGAUGUUCGCAUCAAUAACGAGCUGCAGGAUUUCAAGGAUUUACCACAGCAGUCAAUAGGAGUCCUUCCUGGCUGUAAAUCCUGUAACAUCUGCAAGCACGGCAUUUGCCGUUCCCUGGAAAAAACAAGUGUGGUUUGUGAAUGUCACCCAGGCUGGACAGGCCCCCUGUGUGACCAGGAAAUUGGAGACCCAUGUCUUAACCACAAGUGUCUGCAUGGUAAGUGCAUGGCAGCCAAUGUUGCUUAUACCUGUAAGUGCAUGGAAGGCUACACAGGCAUGUACUGUGAGAAGAAGAACAAUUCCUCAAACCCGUGCAGGAUUUUGAAAUGCAACCAUGGGCAGUGUAAGAUUUCGGAGCAUGGGGAACCCUACUGUGAAUGUGAUCCCAACUAUAGCGGAGACCACUGUGACAGAGCAGAGAACCUGUGCCAAGGGGAGAUCAUUCGAGAAGUGGUCCGUAAGCAGCAGGGCUACACGACGUGCGUCACCGCCUCCAAAGUGCCCCGCAUGGAAUGCCGUGGCAGCUGCAGCAGCGGGCAGUGCUGCGUCCCACUGCGGAGCAAAAGGAGGAAAUACUUCUUCCAGUGCGUGGAUGGCUCCACCUUCACAGAGGAACUGGAGAGACACGUGGAGUGCGGCUGCUCAAAAUGCUCAUAAGCCAUUCUCCAGCCUCUCGCCACUUUAAUCGACUCAGAAGUGCUAUCAAAAUGGGACCUAUUUACUUUCAGAGUGAAGAAGAAAAGAAUUAUUAAGUAUAUUGUAAAAUAAACAAAAAAUAGAACUUAUUUUUAUUAUGGAAAGUGACUAUUUUCAUCUUUUAUUAUAUAAAGUAUCACACCACUUUGGGUAUAUGUAUCAUAUAGUGAGUUAUUUUU